AUGUCAAAAAUUGUGAGGUGUGACUCCAGUGGGAGGACUGCACUUCAUUUUGCAGCCACAAAGAACAAUGUAGAUAUGAUGGUCAUUCUUAUUGAAUUUGAUUCAUCUGUGAUUAAUAAGUGUGAUAAAAUGGUUAUAAAUGCAUUGAAUAUUGUUGAGGGUAACACUGCAUUGCACUACUCCUGUGCUGUUGGGUCGGCUGAACAUGUUAAAGUCCUCCUUGUCCAUUCUGCUGACGUCACUGUUCAGAAUUUGGCGGGAAAUACAGCAUUGCACGUGGCAUGUAUGAAUAAUAACUAUGAUGUGGUGGAAUUGCUUAUUGCCAGCAAAUGUGAUGUGAAUGUGCUCAAUAAUGAGAAAUAUGUAUUCCCCCACCUGUACUUCCAGUCAGCACUGCACUACGUCAUGAAAAUGUCUCCCUCUGUCUAUAAAGCCCUGGUUGACUCAUCUGCCUCCAUUUUGCCCACGGUGGUGUGCUAG